AUGAACGGCGCUCCUCGCGACGACGGCCCUCGCGUCGACGACAGCAGCAGCCCUCAACCUCUCGCUCUCGCUCAUCCUGACACCGCGGCUCCUCGAGCUGCCGACACCGCUCAUGCUGCGCGCCUGGCAGAGGGCGCACGCGCGCACAGAGCCGCCGCUGCCGCUGUCGACGCUCGCGUGCGGCGGGAGCUACGCGCUGCUCGCGCACAGGACGGGCUCGCGGCCCUCGCGGCGGGGGGGGCGUGGUGCCUGUCCGUGUUGCCGGGGACGGGGCUCCUAUGCGCGGGCGGCUCGACGCGGGGAUGCCCGGCUCGGCGACCAAGGCCCGACGCCCCGAAGGGCCCCCCCAGAAGGACGGGCUCGCGGGCCCUCGCGGCGGCGGCGGCGUUGUGCCUGUCCGUGCUGCCGUGGACGCGGCUGCUGAUGCGCCGGCGGCUCGACGCCGAGAUUGCGCGGCUCGCCGACGAGGCCGACGCCGCGAGGGCCACGCAGGAGGUGAGCGCCGCGCAGGAGGCGAGCGCCAAGUGGCUCGUCGACCAGUGGGGGGUGUACAACCUGGGCCGGGGGGUGCCCGUGCUGGUGGCGGGGGUGAUUGGGGUGUUCAGCCUGGUGUUGUGA